GCUCCCAGAGCUCGAGGCGAGCCAGUGUCUGCUGCGCUUGCAGUGCCAAGAGCAGCAGCGGGGACGAAGAGCCGCUGAAAGGCGGGCGGCGGCGGCGGCGGCAGCAGGAGCUGCUACGGUGGGCAGAGGGAGCCGGCUUGCCUGGCCGGCUCUCUCUCUCUCUCUCUUUCUCUCCUUCUCCUCCUCCCUCGCGCGGGGUCAGGAGGAGCCGGGCAGGCUGGAGCGCUUUAUUCGGCGCUGGGCAGCGGCAUGGAGGGGAGCAAGCCCAGCUCCUCGCCCGGCAGCCGGGACGAGGGCAGCCCCAGCACCAACGCCUGCUUCCAGGCGAAGCCGGCGGACAAGGCGCUGGCCAGCCCCGGAGGCGGCGGCAGCCUCAAGGAGCAUGGGAACUCGGUGUGUUUCAAAGUGGACGGCGGCGGCGGCGGCGAGGAGCCGAUGGUGGGCUUCGACGACGCCGACAGCGCCCGCCGGCAGCAGUACGGCUUCAUGCAGCGGCAGUUCACCUCCAUGCUGCAGCCCGGGGUCAACAAAUUCUCGCUCCGCAUGUUCGGCAGCCAGAAGGCGGUGGAGAAGGAGCAGGAAAGGGUUAAAACUGCAGGGUUCUGGAUCAUCCAUCCGUACAGCGACUUCAGGUUUUACUGGGACUUAAUAAUGCUUAUAAUGAUGGUUGGUAAUCUUGUCAUUAUCCCUGUUGGAAUCACCUUCUUCACAGAGCAGACAACAACGCCAUGGAUUAUUUUCAACGUGGCAUCAGAUACUGUGUUUCUGUUGGACUUGAUCAUGAACUUUAGAACUGGGACUGUCAAUGAGGACAGCUCUGAGAUAAUACUGGACCCCAAAGUCAUCAAGAUGAAUUAUUUAAAAAGCUGGUUCGUGGUUGACUUCAUCUCAUCAAUACCAGUGGAUUAUAUCUUUCUCAUUGUAGAAAAAGGUAUGGAUUCGGAAGUCUACAAGACCGCUAGAGCGCUUCGCAUUGUGAGGUUCACAAAAAUCCUUAGUCUAUUGCGUUUGUUACGGCUCUCAAGAUUAAUAAGAUACAUACACCAGUGGGAAGAGAUCUUCCACAUGACAUAUGAUCUAGCAAGUGCUGUGGUGAGAAUCUUCAACCUGAUUGGAAUGAUGCUGCUUCUUUGCCACUGGGAUGGUUGCCUUCAGUUCUUAGUACCAUUACUUCAGGAUUUCCCACAGGAUUGCUGGGUGUCCCUAAAUGGUAUGGUUAAUGAUUCUUGGGGAAAGCAGUACUCAUAUGCACUCUUCAAAGCCAUGAGCCACAUGCUUUGCAUUGGUUAUGGAGCCAGAGCCCCUGUCAGUAUGUCAGAUCUCUGGAUAACCAUGCUGAGUAUGAUUGUGGGGGCCACCUGUUACGCCAUGUUUGUGGGUCACGCCACAGCCCUCAUUCAGUCUUUGGAUUCUUCACGGCGUCAGUAUCAAGAAAAGUACAAACAAGUGGAACAGUACAUGUCGUUUCAUAAACUACCUGCUGAUAUGCGUCAGAAGAUCCAUGAUUAUUAUGAGCACCGUUAUCAAGGCAAGAUCUUUGAUGAGGACAGCAUUCUCAAUGAACUGAAUGACCCCCUUAGAGAGGAGAUUGUCAAUUUCAACUGCCGCAAGCUCGUCGCCACAAUGCCUCUCUUCGCGAAUGCUGACCCAAAUUUUGUAACAGCCAUGCUGAGCAAACUGCGAUUCGAGGUUUUCCAGCCUGGAGAUUACAUUAUACGAGAAGGGGCUGUGGGGAAGAAGAUGUAUUUCAUUCAACAUGGGGUUGCUGGUGUCAUCACUAAAUCCAGCAAAGAGAUGAAGUUGACAGAUGGCUCCUACUUUGGAGAGAUCUGCCUCUUGACUAAGGGCCGCCGCACUGCCAGUGUGAGAGCUGACACAUACUGUCGGCUGUAUUCUCUCUCCGUGGACAACUUCAAUGAGGUUCUAGAGGAAUACCCUAUGAUGAGGAGAGCAUUUGAAACUGUAGCCAUUGACAGACUGGAUAGAAUAGGAAAGAAGAAUUCACUUCUACUUCAAAAAUUCCAAAAGGAUCUCAAUACUGGAGUUUUCAACAACCAGGAGAGCGAAAUUUUGAAGCAGAUAGUGAAACACGACCGAGAGAUGGUGCAGACUGUUGUGCCAGUGAACUUGCAGCAAAUGCCGGCUCUGAAUUCCAGCAUGCCAACCACAGCCUCAUCGAUGCAGAUCAGGACCCAGUCCCCGCCUGUAUAUUCUUUGACCAGCCUCUCCCACGGGAGCCUGAAUUCUCCAACACCGAGCACACAAAUGCCCCAGCAAGUUGCCGUUUUCUCACCCUCCUCCUACCCUUCUGCAGUCUGUAGCCCACCAGUACAAAGUCCUCUGGCUGGCCGAACUUUUCAGUAUGCAACGCCUACAGCUUCACAGCUGUCCCUGCUGCAGCAGCAGCAGCAGCAUCCACAGCAACAGCAGCAGAUGCCUAGUGCAUCACAGAAGAGUGAUGUCCAUAAGAGUACACAAGCUCUUCACAAUGCUAGUCUGACAAGAGAGGUGAGGCCUCUCUCUGCCUCACAGCCUUCUUUGCCCCAUGAAGUUUCCAUGAUUAUUUCUAGACCUCACCCGACAGUGGGAGAAUCUUUAGCCUCCAUUCCACAGCCAGUCUCCAGUUUCCAAAGCACAGGCAUCCAAGCUGGGAGCAAAGGCACCAUCCCCCAAAGAGUCACCCUCUUCCGCCAGAUGUCUUCAGGAGCAAUUCCACCCACACGAGGGGCUGCACCAUCAACAGCGGCGCCACAAAGGGAUUCUUCCACAGUCUUAAACAGUGAACUAGAAGGAGACAAACCACGGUUUGCUUCAAACUUAUGAUCCAUACAAACUAUAAAUAAAGCAAAGACAUAACAUGCAACUGAGAUCACUCCUGGAAACUCUUUUAACUGGAUUUUGGAGAGCCCCUGGCUGUCUCCUUAUGAAAAGGAAAACUUUAGACAAAUCUAACUUUGAAAUCAAAUGUACAGGAUAGAGAGAUAGAGAGACAAACAUCCAAAAGAAAAGAGAGCUACCCAAAUGGCCUCUCAUGUCUUCCUUUCUUAUAAAUCAUUAUAUGAGUCUAAAAACAUUUGUUGUAAUAUUAUUUAUUUUUAACCUGGUUCUCUGUUUAUGAAGAGAGUUCAUGUUCUGCUGGAAAAUGAAAUUCUACAGUAGAAUGAAAGUGUUAUUAUUCCAAGAACAAAGCCACACACACAUAUACGCAAACACACACUAAAAUUCAUAGAACACAUGUUACCUUGGAAAUAGCACCUGUUGAACAAUAGUUUUUAACUUUUCUUAAUCAAAGAGAAUUGAGGCGUACUUCCCAUUUUAGAGGUACAGAUUACUUUUUUUGGUGCUUUACAUUCAGGUUUUGAUUGAAGGACCAUCACAUUCUGACUAUCCACAGAAGAGGUUCCGGCAGUACCACUAUUUUGGAUGAAAUCUAACCUCUGAAUCACUCUCCUCUUUCAGAAAGCUGAGCGGACUUCUGUCUUCAUUGUGGGGGGGACAAAUUACCAGAGACUCAUUAAUCUUGCUGUAAAUAACUUUUUAGACCCAAAUAAUAACAACAAAAAUAGCUCCUGUGUGGUGUACCAUCGCAAAGUAUUUGUUUAGGAAUUUAGUUUCAGCUCUUCACGCCAAAAUGUAACAUUUUAAAAUUUUACUAAAUAUAAAAUGCAACACGACUGUAAUGCAAUGGCUUGAGACCUACAAUGCUACUUUUACAUGCAGUGUUUUAAUGCAAAAUUGUAUGCUUGAUCCUGCUGUGUCUGCUUCAUCCACUACCAUCCUCUUUUUCUUCUUUGCCCUGAACAGUGUCUGAAGUACUCCACGCAUGCUUGGGGUUUCUUUUAUUUUUUUGGCAGAAAAAUCAAAAGAUAAGCAAAACAAAAAACAUACACCACCAGUAUGUACCCCAACACAACUAAUAGGUUCAGUCAGCAAUUUUAGGGGGAAACUCCAAGAUAUCUUCUUAAGUUUGGAAAAUGAUAAAUGUCAAUUGAUUGUUUCUGCAUCUCAUUUCCUAUAAUGCUGACUUUGAAUCUGUAGUUAAAGACUAGAAGUGAUUUUAUUUUAAUUUAUUGAGUGAGUUAUUUUGUCUUUGGUUAGGCGUUCAGGUGUGUUCUCUGUCCUCACUGUAGUUUAGUAGUUGACUGUGGUGAUAUUUUAAAAAAAGAAAUAAGUAUACUAUAGCAUCCUGUUUGUCUGGGAAUGCACGAUUUGCUCAGUGUAUACUAUAAUAAUUUGGACGACAUAUUCUACUACGGCAUGUAGUGUCAAACAUAGAGACAAGGUUACUUUUUGUUAUAAUGCUUGCAAAAAAGGGAGGAAAACUGUUACAGAAAGCAGGGUUAAAGCAUACGGUUUUGUAAACCUUUUCUUUCAAUUGCUGUGAUCAUCAUGUUAUCUUGAGACUAAAGGUACUCCCGGAUGGAGGGUUUCCAAAUGUGAAGUGUACAGAUUUAGGACCAAUUAAUACAUUGCCUACAUGCUACCAACACCUGACACAUUAUACAUUACCAUGUACUCCAUCACCACGUGGAUGGAUUUUGCAGAGGUUACUGAGAGCAACUGCCUUGGGAUAAUGGCAACCAUGCCACUGUGGUUAUGUAUGAACCAGACCUCAGUGUGUUAGCCAGCUGCAAGCCAUAAUGGGAUGAUAGUGAUCUCUGUCUUGUCCAGAUGGCUUGGCAAACUGGGGACUACAAGAUACAGCUGAAGUAGCAAAGUCCAGUUUUGCAACUAUUUGCACAUAAAUCCCACAAUAGUUACCCCUCUUUCUUGAGGCACUGUCUCCUCCACUUCCGGGUUCCUGCUUCUGUGCAAAACCAGAGUGGACGAAGCCGUGCUAGACCUGUGUCAUCCUCUCUGCAAGGGAAGUCCCUUAGCAAAUCAUGAGUGCCUGGGGAGGCUCACGGUUAAAUGAAGACUGAAACUGGCCAUGUCAUGUUUGAACUGCAUUACAAACUAUUACAUAAACCACAUUAUCCAACCCUUUGGGUAAAAAAAAAGUUAACCAUUGAUAAGAGAAUGUGCCCAUUAAAACUGACAUCAUUGAGCCCUGGAAGAGCAAAGUGGCAUCACAGAAUUAUGCCCUGUGGUGCUUUCAGAUACACUUCAAAGUGAAGCUAAUUAUGAUCAAAGAGCACAGUCCACCAGGAAUGUCUCCUCUGGAAGCUGCAUCCAUUUCAGUGGGAUUUGUUCUGGAGAUAGCCCCAGUGGAUUGUAUCUAAAGUUUGCACUCUCUCGAGUGUGCAAAGCCUUUACUCUACAGGAGCCUCACUGUCCUCAAUGAGACAACUGUGGAAUUAGGUGGCUUGAGGUUGCUGCUCAGAUGUCAUGCUGCCUGUUAUGCCUUUUUCCUCAAAUGGUGUUUCAAAUGCCUAAAUAAAUGUCAGCCAACCUUACAAUGCAAUCUUGUUCACAUCUGCUCAGAAGCAAGUCCCAGUGAAAUCAGUGGGACUUGCUCCCAGAUAAGGGUGUGCAUAGGAUUGCAGUCUUAGAUGUUUUUGUGAAUCCCACUUCACAGCUGAAAUAAAUGUAAUGAUGUCAUUUAUUACAUGAAUAUUAUGCUGAUGGUAUAUGGGAAUGUCGGAAAUUGCAUACAAGGAAUGUAAUGUUCAAAAUAUGGGUAAGCUGCAAGACCAUUUAUUUUUUGGUACAAUAGAGCCCUGACUUUAUUUUAAUACUGAAGAUAAAUUCUAUCCAAUUUAUGAUGAUCAUAUUCUGGUCCUUAAAACUGUUCAAGGUUUACAUUUGAUAGGAGUAUAAUGGAGUUGGUAGUGAACUAUUUUUAUACAUAUGUUUAUUUUAUUUUAAGUAUUAUUAAAAAAAACAUUAACAUACAUGGUCUUUCAGUGAAAUCAUAAAAAACUUUUUAAUGACUUUAUAACAGAGUGGGCAAAAUCGAAGGUUUGUAAGAAUUCAAAAUGGUACAGGGUAUAAAUUAUAUACAUAUAUGUAUGUAUGAAUGUGUAUAUAUAUAUAUAUACAUAUAUAUUUAGGUUAUGAAAGAAUUGACUCUCAUUUCUGUAAUAUAAAGAGUAUCCAUUGCUAUUUUGACAAUUGUCCUAUUUUUCUCUGUAUAUAAAUACGCCCUUAAAUAUGGAACCUUGCAUCUAUAUAGGAUGAAAUGUACUUAUGAUGAGGUUGGAUCAUGUUGCUGCUAAAAGGACAAUACAUCAAACUGAUUCCAAUGACUGUGUGAUCAGGGAUGAGUUAGAUUUUUUUUCCCCCUUUGGUCUUUGCUCAAAGCCAUAAAUAUAUAUAUAAAUAUAAAGAUUAUUAAUAAAUUGAAGAAAAAUAUAAAACAAUAAAAAUAUGAAUAUUUUA